AUGGCGUCGUUACUUUGGGGAGGCGACGCGGGGGCCGCGGAGAGCGAGCGGCUGAACGGCCACUUUUCAAACCUCAUCCACUCCCAGAACCUUCUGGGUAUCAAGAGUGCUACCAUCCCAAACAUAGAUGGUUCUGUUGAUAGGAUCGAAGAAGAUGAUGAAGAUGAUGUAGUGGAUUUGGCAGCUAAUUCACUCUUAAACAAGUUAAUCCGGCAGUCCUUAGUAGAAUCGAGUCACCGGGUUGAAGUCUUACAAAAGGAUCCCAGCUCUCCACUCUACUCAGUGAAAACGUUUGAAGAACUGCGGCUCAAGGAAGAGUUACUAAAAGGGAUCUAUGCGAUGGGAUUUAAUAGACCAUCCAAAAUUCAAGAGAUGGCUCUCCCCAUGAUGCUGGCACAUCCACCCCAGAACCUCAUAGCCCAGAGCCAGUCUGGAACAGGAAAGACAGCUGCUUUUGUCUUGGCAAUGCUCAGCAGAGUUAAUGCCAUGAAAUUGUUUCCACAGUGCCUCUGCUUGGCUCCUACUUAUGAACUGGCUCUGCAAACUGGCCGUGUGGUCGAACGGAUGGGGAAAUUCUGUGUGGAUGUUCAAGUGAUGUAUGCCAUUCGAGGGAAUCGAAUUCCCAGAGACACGGACGUCACCAAACAGAUUGUAAUUGGCACUCCUGGGACUGUCCUGGAUUGGUGUUUCAAGCGAAAAUUAAUUGAUUUGACUAAGAUUCGUGUGUUUGUGCUGGAUGAAGCCAAUGUGAUGAUCGACACGCAGGGAUUCGCAGACCAAAGCAUUCGUAUUCAAAGUGCAGAGUCCAAGUGUGCGUCCUCCGGGGGCACGUGUGAGCGGCGCCGUGCGUGCCCCCGGCGCGCCCGAACCCCGAGGUCACGUUAUGCUCCCACUGCCGGUCCACUGCCCGCCGGGCGGCUGCCGCGGGGAGGACCCCAGUGGUCCGUCCACCCGGCUCUGCGAGGCGACUGGGUUUUGGGGCGGCGGGAGCCGUGCUCGCGGAGGAGUCAGCUUCGUCGGAGGCUGGCCCCGAGCGCGCGAGACGGUGACCACGCCCCGGGCCAGCUGUUCUCCUGGACAGGAAAGAAGGAAUGUUUAAACUUCUUGUUCCAGAAAGACUUCUUGGUGGCGGUCCUCUCCCAACUCAAGCUGUGGCUGCCUCCAGACGCUCUCAAGAUGGCGAUCUCUCUGUGUUCCAACACCUACAACAGGCAGAAUUGGGAGGAUGCGGACUUCCCCAUUCUGUGCCAGACGUGUCUUGGAGAAAACCCAUAUAUCCGAAUGACCAAAGAAAAGUAUGGGAAGGAAUGCAAAAUCUGUGCCAGGCCAUUCACAGUGUUUCGCUGGUGCCCUGGGGUCCGCAUGCGUUUCAAGAAGACUGAAGUGUGCCAGACCUGCAGUAAAUUGAAGAAUGUCUGUCAGACCUGCCUCUUAGACCUAGAGUAUGGCCUGCCCAUCCAGGUUCGUGAUGCAGGAUUGUCUUUUAAGGAUGACAUGCCAAAGUCCGAUGUCAACAAAGAGUACUACACGCAGAAUAUGGAGAGAGAGAUUUCCAACUCUGAUGGAACGCGGCCAGUUGGCAUGUUGGGGAAAGCCACAUCCACCAGUGACAUGCUGCUCAAACUGGCCCGGACCACACCCUACUACAAAAGGAAUCGACCGCACAUUUGCUCCUUCUGGGUGAAAGGAGAAUGUAAGAGAGGAGAGGAGUGUCCAUACAGACAUGAAAAACCAACAGAUCCAGAUGACCCCCUUGCUGAUCAGAAUAUUAAAGACCGAUAUUAUGGAAUCAAUGACCCUGUGGCAGAUAAACUCUUGAAGCGGGCUUCAACAAUGCCACGUCUGGACCCACCAGAGGACAAGACUAUCACCACACUGUAUGUUGGUGGUCUGGGCAAUACCAUUACUGAGACCGAUCUAAGGAAUCACUUCUACCAGUUUGGAGAGAUCCGGACCAUCACUGUUGUGCAAAGACAGCAGUGUGCUUUCAUCCAGUUUGCCACAAGGCAGGCUGCAGAAGUGGCUGCCGAGAAGUCCUUUAAUAAGUUGAUUGUCAAUGGCUGCAGGCUCAACGUGAAAUGGGGGAGGUCCCAGGCAGCCAGAGGGAAAGAAAAGGAGAAGGAUGGAACCACAGACUCUACAAUCAAGCUUGAGCCCGUUCCAGGGCUUCCAGGAGCUCUUCCUCCUCCUCCUGCAGCAGAAGAAGCAGCCUCUGCCAACUACUUCAACCUACCGCCAGGUGGUCCUCCAGCCGUGGUGAACAUUGCCCUGCCACCCCCACCUGGUAUUGCCCCGCCCACACCCCCAGGUUUUGGGCCACACAUGUUCCACCCCAUGGGACCACCCUCUCCUUUCAUGAGAGCUCCAGGACCAAUCCACUAUCCUUCUCAGGACCCUCAGAGGAUGGGAGCACAUGCCGGGAAACACAGCAGCCCCUAG